UACAGAUUCUAACCAUGGAUUUUCAAAUAUUCAAAAUAAAAUAUCAGAAAAUACAAAGCAUAAAUUGGAAAUCUCGAAUAAUAUAAAAACUGUAGUGACACGAAAAUGGCAAAUUAUGUUAAUCUCCGCGGAUUGCACAAUUAAAAAACACUGUCAAGGUUGGCAGGUACGAAAGAAUUGAGUUAAAAAAGCAACAGAAUAUCUUCUACGAGUAUUAAAAAAUAGUAUAUAUAAAAAUAUUUCGCAACAUUUUUUGUAAGAUAUAUCCAAAAGAUCCAAAGGAAAUUGAGGAAGAAUCAAAAUUAAUUUUAAAAAAAGUUUCCGAUCCCAUAAUGGUUACAAAUAUAAAGCCUAUAAAAACUGCGAAUGCCGAGAUUCUUUGCAAUCGCGAUGAUCUCGAUGAUUUACUUAUGGACGAGGAAAAAGAAAAUGAGAAUACUUACGGAAAGAUUAUUUUGAGGGAAUAUAUGAGACUUCUUAACAGUGAAAAUGCAAAGAUCAAUUUUAUCUUAAAAAUUUUAUCAAAAGCUGUAAACGAACAUAAAAUUUUCGUGAUUUAUGGUAUAUUUCCACCGAUAAGAAAGCCUCUAGGACAGAGAGGUUGGAUAGAGAAAAAAUUUAUCAGAAAAAUGCUCUCAAUGUCUCCGGAAAUUUCCGAAGCUGGUUUAGAAACAGUCGAAAAAUUGUUGAGAUGUCCUCCAAAUUUUAUAUGGUAUUCCAAUAAGAGAGCAUCUAUUAGAACAGAAGAGAGAACCAUAGUCAACAAAUUUACUGGAUGUUAUUUUACGUCAAAAGUCGAUAUGUGCAAUAAUUUAGAGAAUAUUUCUUGGUUUUAUGAAGCUGACGUAUCAAACGUACAAUUUCCACGAUGCUACAAUGUUUAUCAGCCUGCACAGAUAGAGGAAUUCAUUCAAGAUUUUUACAUCACGGCUAGCAUGGGAAUUCUUAAGUGGUUUUUAUUCUAUGCCAGCAUUGUUGGACCAAAUGCCGUUUGGUCCGAAGACGGGACUAUUCCUAUGAAAGCAAUUUUAUUCGCUCUUGAACGAUGCAGUGAAUAUAUAAGUGUCUGUGCACACGAGGAUAUUGACGGAAAGGAUAAUAAAGACAUACCGAUUCCUGAUUGGAAUGAAUUUUUAUCGUGGUACAAACGAAUUUUGCAGAGACGUGCAGUAUUGCAGAAGAAAAAUGAAAUAAAUAUUGAAGAACUUUUACGAUACACAUCAAACACGAUGAAAAGAAUGAUGCAAUGUCGUCCCCAGACUCAAAUCGAUGGAAUGAGGAAUAUCUGGAUUAUAAAACCGGGUGAUAAAAGUUUGGGCAAAGGUAUAAUUCUUAAGAAUUCAUUAUCGGAAAUUUUGGCCAAGAUAAAUCAAGCUUCCAAGGAAUGUAUGCAAUAUGUUGUGCAAAAGUACAUAGAACGACCAUUACUUGUACAUAGAACGAAAGUUGAUAUUAGGCAAUGGUUUUUGAUUACCAGUACGCAACCUCUUACAGUCUGGAUGUACAAGGAUAUUCUGGUUCGUUUUGCAUCGAAAAAUUUUACACUCAAUAAUUUCCAUGAAUCGAUUCAUUUAUGCAAUACAACUGUGCAAUUGAAAUACAGAAAAACAGUAAAUGAGGGUGCACUAAUACCUAACGAACUUCAUUGGAAUCUUCAUAACUUCAAAGAAUACUUGAAAGCCACAGAUCGCGAAUCAGCGUGGGAAAAGCUCAUUAAACCGGGUAUAAAACAAAAUUUAAUUGGGGCACUUCUGGCGUCUCAAGAAAAUAUGGUCAAUCGAAAAAAUAGCUUUCAAUUAUACGGUGCUGAUUUCUUAAUAAUGGAUGAUCUAUCAGUCUGGUUAAUUGAAAUCAAUACAAAUCCAAGAUUGCAUCCUCCAAGUAGCAGUGUUACUGAAAAACUUUAUCCAGAAAUAAUAGAAGAUACGAUGAAAGUGGUUUUAGAUCGUCGUAAAAAUAAGAAAGCUGCUCGUGGUAAAUUCGAAUGCAUUUACAAACAACGCAAUCCGUUUUACAGAAAUGUUUUAGGAAAAGGAGUAAGUCUUGGAAUUCGUGGUAAAGCUGUAUUUUCCAAAAAUUCGGUUCGAAAUCGAUUAUAAAACAUGAAAUAUAAAAUAAAAAGAU